AUGUCGAGGCUGAGCGAAGACGAGGAGCCGUGGCCCCAGAACUGGGUUUCGACAGAAAGGUCAUUACGGUCGCUUCUGUCCAAGCAGGUCUGGAAAGACCUGCCUGAACGCCGAGAUUGUACUACUAUGACGCAGCCAAUCAACGGAAAUGGAGAGGAUGAGAACGAGAAAGGGGAAGAGGAAGAGGAAAAGGUGGAAGAAGAUGGUGAUGAUGGUUGUGGUGAUAGUGAUGAUAACGACGGGAACGAGGAUGAGAAGGAUGGCGAAAGGAUCAAGUUCCAUGAGAGACGAGGCGCAGAUCGGGGCAGGGAAACAGAGAUGGGAGCCGACUCCGAUACCGACCCCCAAGAGGCGCACCCAGCAACUGUGUGCACCGCGGGCUCGAAACACGGAGAUGAUAGGCGUGGCGGCACCAAGAACGCCAUCUCUAACCGCUCCGCCUGGCCUUUCCACUUGCCCUUCUCGCAGGCGGUGAACGCUGGCCACCAGAGUAGUACUCGCGAAGACGACACCCGUCAGGGAGACAAGCACGGCUAUGGUCAGCGGGGAUUGCCAAGGGGGCAUGAACUGGACUCUCAGAAAGUGGAGGAGGAGACGGGCGUUUUCAGCCUGGAGGAGAUUGGCGAAUGUCUGGAGCAUAUGAAGCGAGAGCGGCGCAAGAAGCAGAGGGAGCACGGGAUGGGGCAAUGA